GAUUUUUGAAUUUUUUCCUUCUGCUCGUGCUUCCACUCCUUCUUUGGCUCUCUGAGGCGGUCUAUGCUGUGACUUGCAGCUCAGCGUGCAGCGUUUUAGUACUACAUCCCCAUUACGACAUUCCUGAACACUCUUACAGAUGAGAAAAAUCCAAGACGCACCGCACAGCUGAUACAGUUGCACGAGAGACCACCCCCCCACUCCCCGAACAAGGCUUUUAAACCAGAUUACACCCACUGUUCUGGCCUGAAUUUUCUUCUAUGGUUUCUCUCCGUCUUUUGUCCGAACCGAACUAGCUAAAGGGAAACACAAGAAAGAAACCUACAUGAAGACCACAGAUCUGCAGCCCUCCUGUCCUGUUCACCGCCCCAGCAGCUAUGGCGGAGUGCGAGAUUCCUCCAGCCCAGACGGCACCAGCACCGACACCAGUCCCACGUCGCUCGUCUUCGCGAACCUCCUCCUCUUCCCGACACAGCCAGAAGGCUAGAACCGUCCGCGCCCGCUCCCAGAAGCGUCAUUCCGCCUCCUCCAGCGCGACCACGACCGACCUCACCUCCUUCCCAUCCCUUUCCCCGCCCGACCGCUCCGUGGACGGCUUCCUCGGCCAACCGGCGCUCAAUCGCGCGCUGACGAACGCGUUGCUGGACCGCGAUAAUAGCCUCACCGACAUUGCACACACCGGGGACACCACACGCGAUCGGAGAGCCACCCUGGCCAAAUUGACGAGCACCUCAUCCACCCACAGCGCGUCGGGGCGCGCCGCCCUCUUCGGCGACUCGGUGCCCAUCCGGGACUUUCCCGGGGCGCUCCACCUGGCGGACGAUGCACAUAUUGAACGUCUCAUCGCGACCACGGGGGCAGUCAAGCUGGUACGGCAGUUUGCACGGGACCUGGCGCAGCGCGAUGCGGAGAUCUCGGCACUCCGCCAGCGCGCGGACGCGCGGGAGCGCGAGUUGAAGAGGAUGCUGCGUGAGGUCUCGGUUUCGAAUCAGGACAUUGAGCUUCGGCUGUAUGCCCUGGAGAAUCGGCCCGUGAACCCCGAGAGUGCGAGGGAUAAGGAGAACGGCUCCGCGACUGCAGAACAGAGCGGGAGCUCGUCCUCAAGUGUGCAUGGACUGAUGCAGCAGGCGAUGGAUGAGGGGUUGGGGUUGCAUGGACCGGAGGAGAUGGGCACGGAAGCGGGGCCGGAGAAUGCGCAGCAGGCCACGGUUCGCGCGCCACAGCGUUCGCUCGAGAGUGAUGCGCGCUCGGGCCACUCGAGUCUCGACUCCAAUUCGAACCGCAAGCGGCAAAGCUCGAUUCGGAGCUGGGGCGAUUUCAUUUUCGGCGGCACCUUGGGCAGUCGGAAGACGAGCCGCGCCAGCAGUGUGAUGAGCGGUGCCGACGAGGAGACCCAGCGGCCUCGGAAUGCGAGUAACCCGUCAGGCCGCCGCAAAGCUCUCGACGACCAGCUGUUCCAACCUCCAGACGAGCCAAGUGGACCCGGGGCGGCUGAGGUCGUCGGACGGCGUCUCGCGGCAGCUAACGGCGAUGAUGCUAGUGUCCACUCGCGCAAAUCCUCCAAGUCGCUGUCGUCGUGGACGGUUAAGUUAUUUGCUGGGAAUGCGCAAUCGAGCAAAGAUGAGGCGAAUGCGGAGGAUGCACGCGGAAGAGCUCUGUCGAUCAACCGUGACGCGAGCAAGGCUGCGCCGCCCGCCACCUCGGCAGUGGCGGCCCUGAAGCGAAUCAAUAGCAAUGUCAGCAUUCAAGGUGCGCCGGGACGGUCCCCUGGGCCCAGUGCCUUGUCUAAAGUCAGCCAGGCGGGUCGGAGACAGGGCUCGUCCAGUGUCUCCCAGGGUGCGAGCUCGGAGGCUGCCACCAAAAAUGCCACCAAUCUCGGGCCUGUGGAGAUGGAUGCUAUUCUGCCGCUCGAGUCUCGACCUCCGACCCUGGCGAACAUUUACAACAACUACCAGUCGGGUGAUCUAUUGACAGACCGGUUCGGGUUCAUCUACGAUCAAAGUCGGAAGAGGCGACAGAGGGAAGCUAGCGAUCUGAGAAAGGCCGGCCCGGCGGGCAACCGGCUGAGCAUCGCGGAGACCCUGAACAGCCUCCGCAGUGAGGCUUCGGAUGGAGAUGAUGGCUCUGAAUAUCGAAGUCUACUGCAAUCCAGCACAGGCAACAGGUCUUCCCCAGCGUCUUUAUCUCCCGAGAAUGCUGAAGCUGGGGCUAUCGCGGUCGGGCGAUGGCAGGAUUAUUUGGUCGUGCCAACGGCGCCGACUGAGUUGCUUUCACACACCCCGUCCGCUGGUCCCAUCAUCUCCCUGACCACUGCCGGCGACACUCAGCCUCGCAGUACUGCGGUGGCCAUCGACAAGCGGGGUUCCGUCUCAGUCAGUCCCAAUGCUCAACCAUCUGCGUCUACCUCGGCAGUGGUUGCCGAUCGCCCCGAGUUUGCCGGACUGUCCUCUGAUGAGUCUGCUGCACUGGCUGCCAAUGAGAAUGAGCCGGUUAAACUGCUGCUCGAGCAGCUGACGGAUCUUCACGACUCUCUACAACGAGAUAGAACGGUGAGAUGGAACGAGUUUCUGCGCAAAGUGCGCGCCGAACGCCGGAAGGAUGGGGAAGCCGCGGCCGCGGCCGCUGCGGCCUCGGACCGCCCUUUGCAGUCUGUCGACACCCCCGAGGCGUCCUUGGCGGAUGGCGAGAUGGUGGGUAUCUCUGGGCUGGGUAACAAGGGCAAAGUCGGCCGUGCUAAAUGGCGGGAGUUUCGGGCUCUUGUGCUUGGAGGGAUCCCCGUCGCUCUUCGAGCCAAGAUCUGGUCCGAAUGCAGCGGGGCGUCCUCGAUGCGGGUGCCUGGGUACUAUGGUGAUCUAGUCCGCGGGAUCGGUGGUACUGAUCCCGAUCCUUCGGUCGUGUCCCAGAUCGAAAUGGAUAUCAACCGGACGCUGACGGACAAUGUCUUCUUUCGCAAAGGCCCCGGGGUGGAGAAACUCAAAGAGGUCCUGCUUGCCUAUUCUCGUCGUAACCCAGAAGUCGGAUACUGUCAGGGAAUGAACCUGAUUGCCGCCUCUCUGCUGCUCGUCACACCCACCGCUGAGGAUACUUUCUGGCUUCUUGCGUCCAUGAUCGAGGUCAUUCUGCCUGAGCAUUAUUACGACCAUGGUCUGCUCGCGUCUCGUGCGGAUCAGGUGGUAUUACGGCGGUACAUCUCGGAGGUUCUACCCAAGCUGUCAGCGCACCUCGAAAGCUUGAAUGUUGAGCUGGAGGCUCUGACUUUCCAGUGGUUCCUUUCCGUCUUCACCGACUGUCUUUCUGCCGAAGCGCUGUAUCGGGUGUGGGAUGUCGUCCUAUGUCUUAACGUGACCAGCUCAUUCACUCCCACGAACGCCUCGGCAUCGACCGUCCGCGACAGCAAUGAUGCCAACUCCACCAAUGCGACCAACGUCUCCAGCAGUGGCAACGGCGGCGGCAGCACCUUUUUGUUCCAGGUCGCUCUCGCAUUGCUGAAACUGAACGAACAGCAGCUUCUCACGACCUGUUCCACGCCCGCCGAACUCUACACCUAUAUCAACCAUCAGAUGACCAACCACGCCAUUAGUAUCGACGGCCUGAUUCAGGCCAGCGAUGCGCUGCGCAACGUCAUCCGCCGAGAAGAGGUGGUGGCCCGUCGCGCCGACGCUCUUCGGGAGAUGCAGGAAUUUCCGGGGGGUCGCCCAGCUUCUGCCGCCGAAGACACUGGCAGUCAAGAUGCAUGAAGCCGUCGUCAACUGGCUCCGUCCAGACGACCUGUAACAAUCCAAUCCAUGUCAUAUUACAAAUUGCAUCCAUUCCUACAGAGCAGAAAAGAGCGAGAACAGCAUUGCCCUCGCCCUUUGUUCUUGCUGUAACGUCCAUUUGCCUCCGAAUUACGCUUCGUGUCUGCACCUACCGACUCAUUUUCUGCACAGCUCGAUACCACCAUUAGAUAUGUCUUUCAUUGUGAGCCCUGGGUCUUUGCCUUUGCAUCGUCAUUGUUUCAUAGAUUGGUUUACUUUUGAGUGUUUUCUUGGAGUGUUCGGAAAGACCUUAUGUUACUUAUUCCACGAAGUUGAUAUGCUCGAUGCUGUGCUUUAUAGACUUGACCUGAUCAUUCAUACCGUUCACUCCUUCUCUG